UUGGUGAGCGGCGCGGCUGCCGUUGCCGUGGCCGUGGCCGUUGCCGAGCACGGGGCGUUGAGGGCCGGCGGUUGGCAGUUGGCGAUGAUCGCGCGCGGUUGCCGGGGAGAUGCGCUGGUCCCGGGACAGUUCGACGACGCCGAGUCGGGCGAGAGUGAUGAGAAAACACAAGAGGAAGUUGGAAAGACAGAGAAGAAGAUUGCGAUUCCGCAACUGAAUAACUCAGAUGAAGAGGAAUUUCAUGAGAGUGAUGAUGGUGAAGAUUGGGACUGGGAGUCUUAUGAUGGAGACCUCACCAAACGUUAUACUGCCUCGAAGAACAAAAGCCAACAGGCAAAUAGACAAGUUUCCUUUAAUUCAGUAAAGAUGUACGCACCUCCAGACAAGGCUUUGAGAAAAUUUGAACAUAAAAUUAAUCUUGAUAAACUAAAUUUUCCUGAUUCUGUGAUAAACAGAGUAACUGAGAAGUCGAGGCAGAAACAGACAAAUAUGUAUCGAGUUAAAGAUAAAUCUGACCGAGCUACAGUGGAACAGGUUUUGGAUCCAAGAACUCGAAUGAUUCUGUUUAAAAUGCUGAGCAGAGGAGUGAUCUCUCAAAUCCAUGGAUGUAUCAGCACAGGCAAAGAGGCAAAUGUAUAUCAUGCAACUGCAAACAGUGGAGAAAGCAGAGCUAUAAAGAUCUACAAAACGUCAAUCCUAAUAUUUAAAGAUCGUGAUAAAUAUGUUAGUGGUGAAUUCAGAUUUCGCCAUGGCUACUGCAAAGGAAAUCCAAGAAAAAUGGUGAGGACCUGGGCAGAAAAGGAAAUGAGGAAUUUGAUCAGGUUGCAGACAGCAAAAAUACCUUGCCCAGAGCCAAUUAUGCUCAGGAGUCAUGUGCUUGUUAUGGGUUUUAUUGGUAAAGAUGACAUGCCAGCACCCCUGUUGAAGAAUGCUCAUUUGUCUGAAUCCAAGGCCAGGGAGCUUUAUUUUAUUAUCAUUCAAUAUAUGCGAAGAAUGUACAAGGACGCCAGGCUGGUUCAUGCUGACCUCAGUGAAUUUAAUCUGUUGUACCACGAUGGGGGAAUUUAUAUCAUUGAUGUAUCCCAGUCAGUGGAACACGAUCAUCCAUGUGCUUUGGAGUUUCUCCGAAAAGACUGUCUCAAUAUUAAUGAAUUUUUCCGUAAACACGACGUUGCUGUGAUGACUGUUCGAGAGCUCUUUGAAUUUGUCACAGAUCCUUCAAUUGCAGAAGAUAACCUUGAUGCUUACCUAGAAAAGGCAAUGGAAUUAUCUGCGAAUAGAACAGAGGAGGAACGAUCCAACCAAGACAAAGUAGAUGAAGAGGUGUUCAAAAGGGCCUACAUUCCCAGGACGCUAAAUGAAGUGAAAGAUUAUGAACGAGAUGUUGAUAUCAUGACAAAGUUUAAGGAAGAGAAUAUUUUAGAUAGACAGCAUGACAAUAUUCUGUACCAAACAGUAACAGGAAUGACGAAGGACUUGACGGGUGUACAACGGGUACCUGCUCUUCUUGAGAAUUCAGAAGAAAGUGAUGAAACAUCUAAUUCUGAACAAGAUGACUCUGAUUCGGAGCUUAAUUCUGAAGAAGGAGAAAAGACCCAUCCUAAAAAACACGUUCAGGAAGAUGAAACUGACAGAAAGGAUAAAAAACGAUUGGUUAAAGAAGCCCAGCGAGAAAAACGAAAAAACAAAGUGCGUAAACAUGUCAAGAAAAGAAAAGAAAAGGUUGCUAAAAAGAAGAAAGGGAGGGCUUAGAUAUUUGAACGACUUUGUAUUGAGUCAGCUGGUGUUUGUUCAUUGACAGCCAUCAUAAGAUUAUGUAAUGAGGAAUUCCCCAACUUGGUUCAUCUGUCCAAGGAGAUUGUAAAGUUUAAAAUAAUAAAUAAUUUUGAAUGAAA